AUGGGACACCAAAAUACUCGGUUCACUGGUCACAUGAUUGACGUGCAAACCGAUCAGCAAGGCCAUCCUCAUCCCGAGCCAUGCAUCUUUUACGGGAAUUCGUCCAGCUUCCCUCAGCCCAGUAUUCAUCCUCACCGGAUGUAUGGAAUGCCACAGCCUGGCCCGAAUCUCGAUUUAGCUAUGGUCACACCUUCUGGCCUUUAUAAUAAUAAUAAUAAUAAUCCGUAUUUUGUGCCCCCGCAAUCUGCUAAUUUUAUUGCUCAAACCAAUUAUGGGAUUGUUGGUGUGGAUUGUGUCGGGGGCCCGUUUAAGGGAAAAAUUGCAGAGGGGUAUUAUGGGAAUAUCCAGCAUCAUCAUAAUCCCUUGGUGGGUCCCAGCUCGUCUGCUGGCCCCUCUUCUGAAUCCGAGCCAGCAUCGAUGCUGCAAGGGGGUUUUGUCGUGCCACCUGUCGGGUUGCCGUGGGUGGACAUGCAUUUUCGUGCAAACAAUGGGGAUUUUGGGGGCGCAUUUAGAUGGGCACGUGCUCCCGUACCGUAUGUCAAUGCUGGUAACAGAAGUUCGGGUGGUUUUCUGCCUCCACAGUUUGCUCAGGGCCAUCUAAAUCCUCAUCAUCAUCCACACCCACCAGCGCAAGUGAUGAGAGGAUAUAAUAAUAGUAUUAACCUCCCAUCACAAGUAUCUGUAACUCCUCCUCACCGUAUUUCAACCAUUAAUGCUUCUUCGAAUACAGGCACCACUCGUUUUCAGAAUGUUCCAGAUGUUAGGCCUGCAUUCGUAACUCCAUUGCCACCAAUGGGCUUCCAUAACAUGUAUCAGCCUCAGCAAAGGGAACUCAUGCUCGACUCAAAUGUUAGGCCUCACACCUUUCCCCAGUUGAGGGUUUUGCCAGAAGAUGAAGUUGCCAUACUAGAGAUGCCUGGUUACCAUGAAGCAGGAGACUCGAUCGAUCACCAUAGAGAUAUGCGUUUGGACAUAGAUCACAUGUCCUAUGAGGAGCUACUUGCGCUGGGGGAACAGAUUGGGAGUGUCGGCACUGGAUUGCCCAUUGAAUUUGUUCAAAAAAAUCUUAAGACAAGAAGUUUUAUUACCUCAUCAGCAGUUUGCCUAAACUUACGCGAUGAGACUUGCCCAGAUCAGCAAAUAAACUUCUGUGUCAUAUGCCAGACCGAGUAUGAGCCUGGAGAAAAAAUCGGGACGGUUGAAUGUGGACAUGAAUAUCACAAGGACUGCAUAAACAAGUGGCUGCUCAUCAAGAAUACUUGUCCAAUCUGCAAGUCCACGGCUCUUGGCCGCAAGUCCAAGGCUUCGUAG